GGGGCGAGAGAAGCGGCGAUUGGUUAGCGGAGGCGGCGUACAACGUGUAUUGCGUCGUGUCCGUCGCGCGGCUAGCAUUCCUCGUCCAAUAGAAUAAUAGAAUUCGCGUGCGAGUCGAGGGGGAGCCGGGGGAGGACGAGGUGGACAAGAGCGAACCGCGAACGACGAGGACGACGACGACGACGAGGAGGAGGACGACGAGGACGACGGUGGCGGCAGCAGCAGCAACAGCAGCAGCAGUGGUGGCGACGGUGAACGGUAACGGUGAUUGUGGCGGUGACGAGGACGAGGACGACGGUGGCGGCGACGGCGACGGUGAUCGAGACGGUGCGCCGUGUUGGUCGGUGGCGUACGCCGUACGUGUUGUUAGUGCGUGUGUUCGUGCGCGAGCGCGGUUGGUUGGUGGCUCGCGUUGUUGUAUCCAAGAUGAAGUCCGACUCGAAACCUUUGUUGACAGCUCAGGCGGAAAAGGCGAAUCAUUACACAUACUUGAAGGAGUUCCGCGUCGACCAGUGUCCCCUCUUCAUACAGCGCAAAUGCACGCAGCACCGACCGUUCACGUGUUUCAACUGGCACUUUAUGAACCAGCGGAGACGCAGGCCGGUGAGAAAGAGGGACCGCACCUUCAACUACAGCGCCGAUAAUUAUUGCACCAAGUAUGACGAGACGACUGGCAUCUGCCCCGACGGAGAUGAGUGUCCGUUUCUGCAUCGUACCGCGGGUGACACAGAGAGACGUUAUCAUCUACGCUACUACAAGACAUGCAUGUGCGUCCACGAUACCGACACGCGUGGAUUUUGCGUGAAGAAUGGCCCGCAUUGCGCUUUUGCGCACGGAAAUCACGACCUGCGUCCGCCCGUGUAUGACAUCAAGGAGAUCCAGGCGCUGGAGAAUCCGGACUCGGACCCAAACUCCUCAUCGAAUGGGCCUAACAUACUCGACAAGGAACGUAACUUGAUGAACGAGGAUCCAAAGUGGCAGGACACGAACUACGUGCUAAGCAACUACAAGACCGAGCCGUGCAAGAGACCACCGCGGCUAUGCCGGCAGGGCUACGCCUGUCCGCAGUAUCACAACAGCAAGGACAAACGGCGCAGCCCACGGAAAUAUAAAUAUCGCUCAACGCCAUGCCCGAAUGUGAAACACGGCGAGGAAUGGGGCGAGCCGGGCAACUGCGAACAGGGAGACGCGUGCACGUACUGUCAUACUCGCACGGAACAGCAGUUCCACCCUGAGAUCUACAAAUCCACCAAGUGUAAUGACGUGCAGCAGGCUGGUUACUGUCCGCGUGGCGUCUUCUGCGCCUUCGCGCAUGUUGACCUGUUGCCAACAGAAGAAAUGAGCCUGGCGAGGGAUAUGGCGGUACCUAUAGAUUGCGGAGCGAAUCUGGCCGACAUACUCAGCAACGCUCUUCCUCCUGACAAGCGCUCGCACGACAAGGACAAGCCACUCAGUGACAGUAGCAAUGGAAGCGGUGAAGUUUCGGAAUCCGCCAGCACCAGCAGUUUGGGUAGUAACAGCUCGCACAGCAAGGCGCCAGGCGCUCAACUACACAAUUCCAAUACCAAUUCCGGCAUAAAUGCGGCCGCGCAGCAGAAACUUACGAGCAUACUUUACAACCCUAGUUCCCUUAUACAAGUUAAUGAAAUUCGAAAGCAAAUGGUCGCCAUUGACAGCGAUCCGUUAUUAACUAAAGCUGAAAAGGCCCAACAGAAACAUAGUCUCUACAUUGCGUACAAUUUGAACGGGACAUUAGGCAGUCACUCAUUAGCAACUACUGUUUCACCACUUUCAAAUUCGUUCUACUCAAACGAUACUGUAGAAUCUGUAGUAGGAAAUGCAUUAGACGAGUUACAUUUAGACGAUCCGUUAAAUUUAGUCGAUUCAAUUCAUAGGGAUACAAAUUCACCGAUUGGUAAUUCAAUAUCGGCAGGCCUAGCUAGCUCCGGUCUACUCGGUAGCUCAGCCCCAGUCAAUAUACCGGGCAUGGCUGAACGUUCAGUUCUCACCAAUUUUUCGCCAUCGACGUCGAGCCCACUUCAACAAUUACAGGCUGGUUUUCUCACUGGAUCAAGAUUCUCUCAUCAAGAUUCUAUGGAAUCCACAUUGCCAUUUAUGAAUCAGAUAUCAGAUCCAUUUAGCAAUCACAUUUCGCAACUUAGCAGCUCGGCUUCUAAGCUUAGUGGAUUCAAUAGUAGUUUAUUCGAUUUUGCGAACCAAGGAAUGUCACCGUCGCGUACGCAAGCCACUCUACCGGCAUCUCCAUUGGUCAAUACAUUUUCCAUUAGUCCAAGUAACACAGGAUCGUUGUCCGAGGUUAGAAUUGCACGAUCUUAAAGAGUUUCUCUCGGAUGUACUAUCGAAAAUGAGGACGAGCGUAUUAAUCAAGCACGCGCGGCUUGCGCGGCAUGGCAAAUGGAAAGCGAGGAGGCGAAGAGGAAGGCGACCAUUGCCGAACAACAAAGAGACGAGAGAAGGGAUUUUUUACAGGCACUGAAAGCACUCAGAGUCGAAAACAAGGCGUCCAAUGGCGGUCCGUAUCUCCAUUCACUGAGGAAAAUAAGCGAGCUCAGAUCAUUAUCGAUAGCGACCUUGAAAUCAAUUCAAUCGCAAUUACGCUCGGAUCUCGAAGAGGUGGAAAAGGUGCUGUACAGAGAAACGGCAACAAAGUGCAUGGUUUGCGAAGAACAAAAUCGUACAGUUACUCUAUCCUGCAAUCAUUAUGUGGUCUGCUCGACAUGCGCCCCAAAUCAGCGCGAGUGUCCAUACUGUCAGACUCCAGUUGUCUCAACAAGUUAAACCCAAAUCUUUCCUUAGAAUCCUGUUGUUACAUUUUCUGCUUCUUGUCCCUUAAAGAAAAAAAGAAUGAAGAGGCGAUAGCAGCCGCAAAUUCUGAAAGAAUAUCAUGUGAGUAGUAUUACGAUUUUGCAAGGACUUGUGUAUUUUUACUCUGGUACAGUGACAAAACUGAAAACACGUUUUUUAUCGCGGUAAGCAUGUACCCGCAAAAAUAUGAUUGAUUUAUCGCCAAAGUGAGUACGAAUAUGAUUAGAAUCUUUAUUGGUGUAAUGUUAAAUUACAUUGACAUUUUUCUCUCUCGAUAUACAUACAUACACAUAUAUAUAUAUAUAUAUUCAGUGAAUAUCACAAUUUUUUAAAUGUAACGCUCUCUGAAAAGUAGCGUUAACGACCCUAAAAAAGAAAAAAUAAAGAUGUUUUAUUUUAUACAUAAUUCAAGAGAUAAAUAUCUAGCAGGGUGUUAACUAUACACAUUUAGCGUUUAUAACGCAAAUAUAUGCGGGUUACAGAACAUUUAGCGCGCGAGAACAAUAUAAUCGCAGUUGUGGACAAAGUUUCGGGACCUCGAAAACUAUAUAAUAAUUGUUUAAAGAAAAAUUAAUAAUAUUAAUA